AUGGCCGAGGCACUACCUUCUACUGCCUUGGUUACCUCGGGCGACGUUGUGCCAGUCAAAGCCCCAUCGCUAUGGUCUGAACCUUUGGAUACCACAGGUCUGAUCCCACACAAUUUCAAGCGAGCAGCAAGAAAUCAGUUUCCCAUCCUCGAAAUUCUCCAACGUUUGCUGUAUCGUAUCAAGCCGAGCAGCGAUGAUCUUGAGAAGUUGCUAGCCUUGAUUGGUCUUAUCCAGGCAGUCAGACCAGUCUACGGCUACAUGAAAGAUCUGUUGGCUUGGCUUCUCACUGUACAAAUAACGAUUCCGGAGAUGGAUCCCGUUGCGAAAGAUGUAUUGGCCUGGGUGGGUUCAGAAGUGAUAAUGAACAGUCGUACCCGAAGCGCAAUGCUGGUGACAGGAGGUAGUCAUGAUCCUAAUGAUGAUUUUCAUAAACGGAUGAUGAUGGCCCGUAAUCAGAACCAAACAAAUCGUAGAAAGGGCAGUGAUGAAGUUCUCUGCCUUCCGAUUGGUUAUCGCCCGUUCCUAUUCUCACGACGAGGCGCACCGAACUCUCGGAAUUCCAUCAGUAAUGUCGUCGACGGCAACGGAAACCUUCAGAACUCGCUCACUAUCAUGACACUGGGAUGGAGUUUAAAGCCGCUCCAAGAUUUUACGAGCGCCUGUCGCGCCUUUCGGCUUCGGAAUAUGACUGGCAUAACUACUGUUUACUUUGCUGGUGGCAAUAAAUACGACUCCUACGGGCAGGGUUGGGAAUCAGUGUCCAAGGCUAUCCGAAAACUCGACACCAUCGAUAUGGAUCAAGAAAUCAAGAAUGAUAUUAUUAGAGAUGCGGAGUACUACUACAGCGACCAAUCGCGACAGUUCUUUGCAGAUUGUGGAAUUCCCUACCGCCGCGGCUAUCUUUUCUAUGGGCCGCCUGGUACUGGCAAGAGCUCUUUUUCUGCUGCUUUGGCAGGCCAUCUCGGUUGUGACAUUUAUCAUAUUAAUUUAUCUACCGGUGACAUCAGUGAUGGCUGUCUCCACCGUCUCUUCCUCGGUCUUCCUCGCAAAUGCAUCGUUGUGAUUGAAGACAUCGACUCCGCAGGCAUUGGUCGUGAGCAAGGCCCAUCUUCAAAAAUAGCUUCACCGUUUCAGGAGCUGCCCAGAGACAUGCAGCCACGGAAUCGGGCUAUGAACUUACCCGAUGUUCCUGAGGGGCGCAGAGGCCGCCGAAGCAUGAAUUCAGGCCGCCUCUUAAUCAUGACCUCAAAUAACCCUGAUGCGCUCGACGCCGCGCUCACACGCCCUGGCCGUAUCGACAAGAAGAUAUACUUUGGUAACAUGUCAAGAUCAUGCGGCCGCAGUAUCUUCAAGCGCCUGAUUGGCCGCUCCGCGCUUGCACACGGUUCCACUUUUACCAUGGCACAAAUUGACCAAUACGCCGACGAGUUUGCAGACAAAGUUCCUCCAAACACAUUCUCCCCAGCCCAAGUUCAAAACUUCCUGCAAGGCUGCCGUGGCGAUCCUAUCAAGGCCCUAGCUGAAAUUGACGCCUGGAUACAAAAAAAUGGCGAAGGCCCAGCUCCCAAGGAGCCCGGCGCGAAAGCAGCUAGCCAAUCUUCAGACUCGAUCAUUCUAGAUCUACUAGACGCCCUCGACUCUGGCACUAAGGAUGCAAUGCCGACUAUUCCCUUGAUUGACGGAAAAGCCUGA